AUGUUGAAAAUAAAAUCGAAUCUGUUGCUAAAAAUAAUUCUAUUUUGGCAAGACAUAUCUGUUUCAAAUGUACUCCAAUUUGCUCCUCCGGCUUUUAUUAACGAAAAUACUGACCAAUUAUAUUAUUCAUCAACUUAUCAUCUGGAUUUUAAUUGUUUGACGCCAGUGAGGGUUUUUAAAGCAAAAGUCCGACCAAUUCAGACACAUUUAAUUAUUGAACUUUCCUCGAAUAUUUUUAAAUAUUUUCAAUCUCCUCAUUAUCCAGCUCAAUGGAUUUAUGCAAUUGGAUUGGCAAAUUCGCAGGCAGCUUCUGACAAUUUGAAUGAGGAACGCGCAUGUCUUUUAAGAAUUAUUGUCCAUGCUUUCUUUCCAUCAAUUCUAACGCUUAUUGACUCUGUUAAUGACAACAUGGAUUAUUUAAAGUUUAUUCAGAAAUGGGUGUGGAAAGAGGUUGAAGUGACAAAAUUGAAAUUUGAUGAAUUUUGUGCGCCUUUAUUUGACAACCCUCCGCUUGAGGCUUCACCAAGUGUCAGAGGUUUUAUUCAACAUGCUCGUGUCUUUUUCAAGCGUGCUUCUAUUAUACUUGAGGCUCUUGAUGCUAAAAUUUCAAAAAUCUCUGGAAAAGAAAAGAGUCGAACAAUACUCGUCCAAGGAAAAAUUGCUAAACAAAUUCGUCUUUAUUCAUCAACAAUUGCUUUUGCUCUAGUUUACAAUCUCCUUCCUGUGAAUAAAUUUAAUUCGAAGCUUUAUGAAGCUGUUAAUGAUCGUUUCUCUCAAUUUUAUGAGAAGGCACGACGGAAAGGAAAAGAACUGAAAAUUCAUUCAUUGCUUGAUGAAAUUAUUAAAUCAAAUCCAAAUGAGGAUAUUUGGCAAGGAAAAUCGGCUAAUGGGUGGUAUCCUCCUAGAGACUUUAAGUGUUUUCUGCCCAUAUUGUUGCUUUUAAAUGUGACUGAGAAAGCCAAAUUAACUAUUCUUGGAUAUUAUUGUCUUGAUUUGGAGGUUGCGUCAUCUGUUUUUGGUUCAGAAGUUCAAGCAAAAGACGGAAAUACUCCACCAUCGUCAUCAUUGAAUUUUAGAAGAUUUUCUCCAACAGAAGAAGAUAAUUCACAUCCAUAUCAAAAUAGAGAAUAUUUUUCUUUAUUUCUUUCGUUUGUUUUGCAAGAAGAUUUUUCUUUAGAAGAAAUGAACAAAAUAAAAAAUUUUUGGUUGGAAGACAAAAACCUUCUACAAUCGAAAGCUGUGGUAGCUCAACUGGAAAUUGUUCAGGAUGAUGAUCAUUUGUAUUCUAUCAAUUCACUUCAAGAUAUAAAAAAGACUCGAGAGUAUUAUCUUGCAAAAGAAUGGGGCGUUUUCCUCUUUAACAAUUUGAUGCUUGAACAUAGACGUUAUAAAUUACUUAUGGAUUUGCCUCCACUUAAAGGAAAUGAACCAGAAUUUGUUCAAAAAUGUUAUACUCAAUGUAUGGAAAUUCGUAGACAACUUCCUUCGCUAUUUAAGAAGAUUGAACCUUUGCCGACUUUUAUUAUGGAACGAUAUAAACAAAAAGGCCCGGGCAAAAUUUUAUUUCCAAUGGAUCUUCGAGAAUCUCAAAGUCAACCAAUUUUGCCCCUUCGAAUCAAACAUAGUCCUCUUGUUGAUGGUGACAAUCUUCCCAAAUUUUUUGCCAAAUCUGUUGAAGUUACGUCAGUUCUUGGAAAGAGAAGUCUAACAGGCCGUUUCUCUGUUUCUGAUGAAGAUAAUGAACAUUUUGAAGAAUUACCUUUGACUAUUGCUACACCGAGAAAACGUCAACGAUUAUUCCUAUUUGAUUCAUCAUUAGGAGGGACUGUAGCUACUCCACUGGCGGAACCUGAAAAGGAGACUGUUAAAACUUCUCCAGUAAUUUGUGAAGAUUUACAGAAAGGUUGUGUCAAUGCCAAGGAAUGGGACAGAAUCUCUAAAAUUACACAGACGCCUUUAUCUUUGCAAAGAAGUAUAAACCAAUCAAGGUUGCCAGGACGGAGUAGAAUUGGUUCGGCACGUACUGCUCUCUUCCGAGAUGAUGGGAAUAAGCUUGUGGCUCUCCAGAACGAUGGGACAUUAACUCCAAUAAAAGCAAGGGAUCAAAAUGCAGAGAUUUCUCCAGAACCAAAUAUUGUACGCGCACAACCUCCUUCAAUUCUAAAAUCUGAUAAUCGAAAAUCACGAUUGCCGUCAACCGCAAGAUCCGAGAAACCAAAAAUUCGUUUUUCUCAGUCACUCUUUACAACAGAACGUAUUCCUUCAAGAUUCGAAAAGGAAACAGAGGAGAUGAAAAAUACAUCAUUUACAAAUUUCGCCGAAUUCUCGCCGACUGACUCAUCCCCAACGUCAUCUCGAUCUGCUGGGCCUGGGACAGACACCAAAAGGGAAACCACUCCAAAAAAGAAAGCAAAGAACAAGACUCCAUCUCCCCAGAAAAUUUUAAGGCGAAGUCCACGCCGCCAUAGGUAA